AAAAAUAAGCAAAACAAAAAACGCAAAAUAAACGCGGCUGGUAAUACACCAAAACCAGAGUCUUUCUCUUUCUUCAUUUUCUCUCUCUAAAUGCUCGUAGUUUUUGAGCUUUACAAAGAUCUUAGUAAGGGCGAUCCAAGUUUUUAAUUUCCAGAAAAAUCUUAAAUUAGCUUUAAUAAAUCCAUAAUCAGUUUUUCUUUUUGUUUUGAUUUAAUAAUAUUUUUUUGAUUAUUUUUUUUUAAAAUUACAAUUGACGUCAGUUGUGUUGGUAAUUUUUUGCUGUUUUUUUUUUUUUUUUUUUUUGCGAUCUCGAUGAGUUGAGUUGAAGAGUUUUGGAACAUUGAUAAAUUGGUGGAGAAUUUUGUGGGUUGUUAAGACAAAGUAUAUAGGUUUUUGUGGGUGUGAAAAGUGAAAAUUUGUUGAUUUUUUUUUUUAUUUGAAUGAUUUCUAUUGGGAGUAGUAGAGAUGGAAGGAAGGGGAUAGGCUUAGGGUUUGAUGGUGGAAGAAGAGAAAUGAUUAUGGAAGAAACUGAGCUUGAAGAAGGAGAGGCUUACAGUUAUGACGACAACAACAACAAUGAUGAUGAUGAUUCAACCAUUGACCCUGAUGUUUCUCUAUCUUACCUUGAUGAGAAACUCCACAAUGUUUUGGGACAUUUUCAAAGGGAUUUUGAAGGUGGAGUUUCAGCUGAGAAUCUGGGGUCAAGAUUUGGUGGGUAUGGUUCAUUUUUACCUACUUAUCAGCAUUCUCCUUCUUGGUCUCAUCCAAGGACUCCACCAGAAGCCAACAACAAUAACAGACAAAUAUCACCAAACAAUUUGCUCCCCGAGGGUGGUCGACAAACCUCAUUAGAAUCAUCAAGCACUUCUCUGUCAGGAAGGCCUGUAGCAUCUUCUGUCCGUUCAGCAGCAGUAGCUGCACUUAAGGCUCCACAAUUUAAGGGUGAAAGAAAUUCUGCCCAACCAACUACUCAAGCUGUAGACUCCAAUUCAAAGAGUGAAAAAGUGAAGAAUCCAAGAAAUGCCUCUGUCCAGAAAACGCUUAAGGUGCGUAUCAAAGUUGGCACCAAAAAUUUGUCGACCCGAAAGAAUGCUGAAAUCUACAGUGGGCUUGGGCUAGAUGUCUCUCCGUCAUCGUCGUUGGAUGGUAGCCCCAUCAAUAGUGAAGGGGUAUCCCGUGAUCUUCAGGUUUCCCCAGAUGAAUCCCCUACAAGUAUACUUCAGAUUAUGACCUCACAUCCGAUGCGUGAUAUCUUAUUGUUAUCCCCCCUCUCAGACGAGUUGAUUAGCUUGACUGAAAAUGAAAAGCUUUGGGGAAAAUGUGGAUAUGAAGAGAAGAAAAAGGCAAACCUUGAAACUUUGGCAUUAGCGAAUGGUACUCAUUAUGCAAAUGGAGAAGUUUCGGAGGCGAGCAAAUUGAAAGCUUGCAACAAAGAUUCAAAGCGCAAGGGCUAUGAUAAUCAAAAUGGUAGUGCCUUAUUAUCAAAGAAGGAGAUCGAUAUUGAUGGUCUUGCCUGUGAAGAACUUGUUUCAAAGGCUUUGAAACUCCCUCUUUUAUCUAAUCCAUUUGCCGAUCCUCCAAAAGAUGCAGAGAAGACAGUUGACAUUUCAAAAACAGCCACUAAGGGCAAGACAAAAGAAGCAUCCUCUCAGCGGGCAUCCAAGAAAUCUUUUCUGCCUGUCACUGCAAUAGACCCAAAUUCUGUUGAAGGGUCUGGUGGAAAGGUUUCCUCAUCUAGGAGAACUACGGAAAUUAAAGGGACAGAGUGUAAUGAUCACAACUCAGGAUAUUUGAAGAAAGAGGGCCACAACGAAGAGGAGAAAGCUGAUGGUUCAUCCAACAAUGGGAAGACUAAAGACGGGAAUGCACCAAAUAUAGAUGCAGUUAGUCCCCUCCGGCAGUCAUCUCGUCAGAAAAGCUCCUCCAGCAAUGAGGAUGGAAUGAAACAGGCUCCUGAAAAGGAACAUUUUGCAUCUAGAGACGCAAUGAAACCCAAAGGAAAUCAAUGUCAUAAUGCCCAAAGUACCGAGUUAAUAAAAGAAGGUUCUGUUGCUGAUUCUUUCAUUGCAUCUAAGGGUAAGAAAACCUCUUCUAGCAACAUCCUCUUAUCUAAAAGUGAUUCAGAGGACAUGAAAAACAACCUAGCCAGGGAUAGGUACAAAGAAUUCUUCGGUGACGUAGAACUCGAACUAGAAGAUGCCGAAACGGGUUUGGAGCAAAUUCAUUCAAAGGAAAUGCUCAAGGGUUCUGAUGCAAUCAGUAAGAAAAGGCUUGAACGUAAUAGCUCAUUGAAGGAAAAAGUUAAUGGUAGGAAGACUGAGAAGCCGUUUGCUUCCGCGGAGUAUCCUAGAUUGGCUUCAAAUGGGGCUCCUCACACCGUCUGUGAAUCCAAUCCCGCUGCACCUCCAGGAGCAGGGGCUCCUGUAGUUAAAGAAGAUUGGGUAUGUUGUGACAAGUGUCAGACUUGGCGUAUACUUCCACUUGGCACUGAUCCAGCCAGUCUCCCCAAGAAGUGGGUUUGCAGAUUGCAAACCUGGCUGCCUGGAAUGAAUCGCUGUGGUAUCAAUGAAGAGGAAACGACGAAGGCUCUAAGAGCUCUUUACCAGGUGCCGAUGAGUGGUGCUAUCGCCCCUGCUUCUGACAAACAAUAUAGUCCGCAUGAAUAUCCUGGUGGGGCACUCUCAGGACUAACUUCGAUUGACAAUUUGCAAGCCAGCCAAGACCACCCAAAAGCAGGUAUACAAGCUGUUGAUGCUGCUGGGAAGAAAAUUUAUGGAUCAAAAGGUGUGUCUAGUGUGAUCAAACAGGAAGGUUCGCUGCCAUUAAAUGGUGUCAAAAGAAACCAUCAGGGAACCCCAAAUAGUAGAAGCUCGAACGGUAUUACUAAUACGCUCACUGAUGAAAAUGGGCAUCAACUGGUGGCCCUGCCAAGUAGCUCAAUCAUAGAGACGCAGAGUCGUAAACAAAAAGAGAAGAGAAGAUCUCUUGAAAACCAUUCUGAAGGGGGUAUAAAAAAUCCGAAGACGAGGAGCAUAAGUGAGACAGAUUUGGAUGGUGCUACAGCUAAAAAGUUCAAGAGAGAUGAUGUACAUUAUGAUGACGACCCCACUGGGGCAAAACCAGGACAGAGCUCAAGCACUGGUUUGUCAAACAGUGGAUCGGAAAAGGUUAGAGAUAAAUAUAAGUACAAGAAGUCAAAGACUGAUUCAUUUAAAAAUUUAUCUUUAGCAAAAAAUCCAGAAAGCCAUACUUUAGAUGGUUCAGUCCAUAAAUGUGACAGUAAAGACUCCCUUAAGAAGAGGAAAUGGAGUGAAUGCCAGAAUCCUGAGACGCAACCUCCCCGAGAUAUUAUAGAAGAGACAUGUGAUAACGGCAGUAGGAAAGAAAAGAAAGCAAGGGUCUCCAAGUCUGGGGGGAAAGACUCCAGCAGAAGCAGAGCUAGUGGAGGAACUGAUGGAAAAGGUAGAGGUAAGAAGGGAGGGCUAGUCGGACAAGAUCUAGAUAGCACUCUGCCUCAGCGUAGUGCAGAUGCUGCAGAUCCUUCAAAAAGGGAUUUGUCUGCUUUGCAGCAUUCUGUUGCAGCCACUUCAAGCUCUUCUAAAGUGUCUGGUUCACAUAAAAACAGAGCUAGUCUUCAGGAACAGAAGGGUUCACCAGUAGAAUCGGUAUCUUCAUCUCCUUUGAGGAUUUCAAAAAAGGAUAUAGGUUCAUCAACUAAAAGGAACCCCAAGAGAAAAGAUGAUCACAAGAAUGCUAAUUCGAUUCCCAGUUCUACACCAAGGUCUUCCUAUGGUGAAAAUGAUAGGUGCAGCAAUCGUUCUGGGUUGACAAAGAAGGAAGAAGCUUCCAGUGGCAAGCAUCAUGGAAUGGAGUCCUCCGGACUUGAUUACCAGGAGAAAGAUGUCCAAGAUGUAUCAGGUGCUACAAUCAAAGCAAAGAUCCCAGGUCUUGAUUUUGCUACUCAUCAGGACACUGAUGCAACCGCUGAUCCAUUAGGUCAAGCUAAUCAACAUGCUUGCAGGACAGAGAACUCAGACCAAGGCCUAAAUAAUGAAAGAAGGAACAGCCAGUUUCAUAAUAAUGGGUCUACCUCAAAGGAUGAGAAAGCAUUGUUGGCUCAGCGUAAAGAAAAGAGUCGUACUGUUAGAUCUGAUUCUGGCAAAUGCAAGACUAAGGAUACUGAUAAUUCAAAUGAAUCUUCAGAUCGAAGAAUAGACGAGGGAAAAUUGACAUCCGGAAGAAACAAGGGUGAGGAUAAAUCUGGUGCCAGUUCUGAUAGAUUACAACAAGGUUCCAAGAAAGAUUCUUUUGGAAAAUUAUUGAAUGAGAAUGUUAAAGGAGAUAUUCAAUCGAAAUUUGGCGAUCAUGAUGAUGCUGAGGUUAAGUUAGAUGUUAUGUCCAGUGUGGAUAAACGGCAGGCCGCUCUAACUGAUCGAGAUGAUGGGAGACUGUUUAGGAAGCUUACUUCUGACAAAACUCAGCAAAUCGAAGUACCUGAGAAAGGGAAGUCGAACUUACCAUCUCCUUCAAUAAGAGGUCAGAGUGAGACAGUUCAAUCUUCACAACCAGUUCCUGCCUUCAAAAGGGAGGGUGUGGCUAACUUGUUGGCAGUAGAUGCUUUCGAAGGAGAGAUGUUGAACGCUUCAGGACAAGGUAAAAAAUCUGAGAGCCACUCUGGAAACACACCUAAUAGUUUGCAGCAUUCUACUCUAGCUGCACAUAAGGUCCGGGAUCCGGACGCUCGCAGCCCUAUUAGGAAGGAUUCUGCAAAUCAAGCUGCUGGGAAUGCUAUUAAAGAAGCCACAAACCUUAAACAUAUGGCAGAUCGCCUCAAGAACUCUGGGUCAAGUGAAAGUACAAGUCUCUAUUUUCAAGCAACCCUAAAGUUUCUCCAUGGAGCAUCCUUGUUAGAAUCAUGCAGCGACAGCGCCAAACACAGUGAAAUGAACCAGUCAAGGCAAAUUUAUAGCAGCACUGCAAAACUGUGCGACUUUGUUGCCCAUGAAUAUGAAAGAUUGAAAGACAUGGCUGCUGUUUCGCUAGCCUAUAAAUGCAUGGAGGUCGCGUACAUGCGAGUAGUCUAUUCCUCUCAUUUCAAUGCAAACAGAUAUAGAAAUGAACUACAAACGGCCCUGCAAAUUUUUCCUCCAGGUGAAUCUCCCUCCUCUUCUGCUUCCGAUGUUGACAAUUUGAACAAUCCAACUAUGGUAGACAAGGUUGCCUUGGCGAAAGGUGUUGCUUCUCCCCAGGUUGCCGGAACUCAUGUUAUCUCAGCAAGAAACCGUGCUAGCUUCACGCGGUUAUUUAACUUUGCACAGGAAGUUAAUUUAGGAAUGGACGCCUCCAGGAAAUCACGUGUUGCUUUUGCAGCUGCUUAUCCUGGACACGAUACAGAGUGUAAAGAGCCUGCAUUAUCUGUAAAGAAGGCCCUUGAUUUCAACUUCCAGGAUGUUGACGGCUUAUUGCGGUUAGUCCGGAUUGCCAUGGAAGCUAUCAGCCGUUGAAAUUUAAGUCAUGGCUAAAAGCAUGUGAGUCCAUGGGAAACACUCUUGAACCUGUUCCUCCAUUUGCUGUCAAUUGAGGAGAUGUCAGAUAGAGGAUCUCUUGGUUGCGGAAUGAUUAUUCACCUAUCAAGUUAAUGAGUUCCGCUCAUAGUGCCCUUUGUAAAUCUGUACAUAGAUGAAUAGUAUAGUUGGUAAAAUAUUCCCAAUACAGCCAGUCACAGUCUAACAGAAAUAAGGAACUUGGUGGUGCUGUCAUAAAUUCAUAACAUUGCAAUACUUAUUAUUACUGAUCCAGCUGACUUGCUUCCCAUAUCGAAGAUACAUUUGCAAUUGAGAUGGCUGAUUCUUAGUUUUCGACUUAUAGAAGGAAAUCAAGAGAGAUACACUUCCACAACAGCACAGAAGAGUAGUGUGAUUAGUAUGUAUAUAUGGUUGAAGUUGAUUGAUGAGCUUUUGACACUGAUGAGACCCGGCAAUAUACCAACUCUUCCUGUCAGGUUAGGGGGGUUAUAAGAUGGGAAAUGCAGCUGUUGCAAGCAGUUCUGCAUUUGUUAAUUGUUUCUUGAUGAGAAAGAAGCCUAGGAGCUGAGAACUGCUGCCAGAGUUGCUUACAACUAGCUAGUGUCCUACCAGAGCCAAUUCCUGUCCUUUUCCACAGUUAAAUUGGCCUUGUUCUACAUAUUGAUAGUGUACUUUGUUUCUAUGUUGCUCGACUCUCCAAAUAUGCUGCCGCACCCGGGUCGGAUCUUCUAAAAAUGCACUAUUUUUGGAGGAUGUGAACCAAUAGUUAUAUAUUUGAAGAGUCCGAGCAACAUAGUUUUGUUUGACAUAUGAAUUGUGAUAGUAGCCAAUAGGUUGAUCAAUUUUACCAAGUUACCAAAUAUUGUUUAUCAUAAGAUGUACUUGUAAAUUGUACAUUACCUUAUAAGCGAAAUAUACGCUGGUCUCCUGGGUUAGGUUAUAAGUUUGAGCUCUGCUCCUAACGAACUAAGUCCAAUAUGUAAGAGGAGUGGGUUCAUCAUCCCCGAGUUUUCGGAAUCUGUAAUUGGCCCCAAAAGUUACAAUGUUAAUAAAUUUUACUACUUUUUUGUGGGGGUUUUCGUUUGAA